UGGCAGCCGCCAUGGCCAGCGGCAGGGACUCGGACAGCGAGCCGGCCGUGCCGGAGGAGGAGGAGGAGGAGGAGGAGGGCCCGGACGUGAAGGCCGUGCAGGCCCAUUACCUGCGCAGCCCCUCGCCCAGCCGGUAUUCCAUGAUAUCAGAGACUGAUACAGAGAGCAUCUUCAUGGAGCCAAUCCAUCUGUCGUCUGCUGUGGCUGCCAAGCAAAUAAUCAGCGAAGAACUGAAGACAAAGGAGAUCAGGGUAGAUUCAGUGUGUCCCAGGAUGUUGGAGUCUGCACAGCAGCUGAUGGUGGAAGACCUGUACAACCGAGUUAAGGAAAAGAUUGAUGACACCAGCUUGUUUAACACGCCGUGUGUGAUGGACUUGCAGAGGGCACUCGUGAAGGACAGGCUGGAGACCCCCAGGGAUGCUGUGGAUGAAGUCUGGCCUAAUGUCUUCAUAGCAGAAAAGAGCGUCGCGGUGAACAAAAGCCGUUUGAAGAGACUGGGCAUCACACACGUCUUGAAUGCAGCUCAUGGUACAGGGGUCUACACAGGACCAAGCUUCUACAACGGUCUCAAUAUCCAGUACCUGGGCAUUGAGGUGGAUGAUUUCCCAGAUAUGGAUAUCUCCAAACACUUCCGCCCGGCUGCGGAGUUCCUUGACGAAGCACUGCUGACUUACAGGGGCAGAGUCCUGGUCAGCAGCGAGAUGGGCAUCAGUCGCUCCGCCGUGCUGGUGGCUGCCUACCUGAUGAUCUACCACCACAUGACCAUUCUGGAGGCUCUGAUGACUCUGAGGAAGAAACGAGCCAUUUACCCCAACGACGGCUUCCUGAAACAGCUGCGGGAGCUCAACGAGCAGCUGCUGGAGGAGCGGGAGCUGGAGCACUCUGGAGACGAAGAAGUGACUCCCAGUCAAAGCCCUGUGGCUCGUGCAGGGACUUCUUCCCGUUUGUCUGGAGCUGGGGACGCAGAGAGCGUCGUGGGAGCCCGAGCCCACUCCAUCACAGUGGAAGAGGAGGACACGAGCAGCAUGCUGGGUAGUUUUAUGAGCUCUUCAUCAGUGUCAAAAACCAGCUGGGUUUCCAAACGCUCCACCCUGAUCAGCGAGGAGGAAGAGGAACAGUUGUAUGAGGAAUGGAGGAAAAAACAAGGCCUGUCUGCAAAGGAAGCAGUAGUUAACCAUGAAAGAAGAGCAUCUCCAAAGCAUCUGGAUCGGGAAGAGGAACAAUCUGAUGAGGAUGUGGAACAGAGGAUCCAUGACUGGCAGCGCAGAAAUGAGAAAUACCAAAUGGAGGGUGCAGCCAGGGAGGAGGAUGGUGAUUCCAGCAUGGGAGGAAGACCUUACCCACCAGGUGAAUUCAGUGAUGUUGAGAGUGUGAGCAGUUUUGAGAUCCGAACCCUGAAAAAGCAGCUGGAAGCCAGUAGCUUUAGCAGGAUGAGGAGGAGCCGCACAGGCUCUAUGUCUUCUGAGAGCACCUGGGACAUGUGGAAUCAGAGGCUUCUGGAGAUAGAGAAGGAAGCUGCUCAGAGAUACCAUUCCAAGAAUAAAAAUUGUGGGGAAAUGGGAAGAAAGGAGAGGGAUGUGGAUGAGGAGAGCGUGCUUUCAGACAGUAGCUCCUUCUACAAUUUCUGCCAAAAGAACAAAGACAAGCUGACUCCUCUAGAAAGGUGGAAGGUCAAGAGGAUCCAAUUUGGCUUUCACAAGAAGGAUUUAGAACCAUCAUCAUCAGCUGCGCCAUCGCCAGCAGAAGAUGGCAACCAGGCAGGUGAGGAGGGAGCAGAAGGGAAGAGUUUGUCAGAUAUUGACCUGACUGCUUACCAGGCUUGGAAAAUGAAGCGGCAGAAGAAGGUGGGCAGUGAAAGCAGCAAGGAGGAAUUCGUGGAAUUUGCCAAAACCGAGGAUUCUGCUUCAGCUAAAAAGAGGCAGAGGCGUGUAGAGCUCCUCGAACGUUCAAAGAAGAUUUUAGAGGAGAGCCAGUCCAUGUGCAGCUGGGAGACAGACAGCACAGUGAGUGGGAGUAUCCCCCUGUCGGCUUUCUGGCCCUCGGCGCCGUCUGCAGACGGUGCCGACGAUGCGGCUUCUGCCCUGAGCAUGCAGACAAAUCAUUCAUCUCUAUCACGGACCAGGAGCAGCACGGGAGCAGUGCAGCCUCAGGUGCCGAGUGUACCCCUUCCCAACCUCCCGGUUGGUCCGGGUGACACCAUAUCCAUGGCAAGCAUCCAGAACUGGAUCGCUAACGUGGUCAGCGAAACCAUCGCUCAGAAGCAGAACGAGAUCAUGAUGCUGUCCCGUCCGUCAUCCGCGAUGGCCUCCCUGUCAGGAGACCUGGGCAGGCGAGGAGAUGAUGACGACAAGGUUUCUCUGCUCAGUGCUCAGAGCGGCUCAUCUGUGGCUGCCUCUCAGCUGCGCCAGCGGGAGCUGCGCCGGGCCGAGUCUCAGUCUGUCCUGUCCUGCAACACCUCCGUGAGCGCAAGGACACAAGGGACUGCUUCAAACAUGAAGACAACACAGACGAGCAAGCCACUGUACAGCCUCUUUGCUGAUGAUGUUGACCUCAAGAAACUCAGGAGGAAGGAGAAGGAGAUGCAAAUGGAAAUGAGAGAAAAAAUGUCAGAUUAUCAAAUUGAGAAGGUGAUCAGAGACAAUAAGCGCAGCACUUUAUUUAAGAAAAAGGUGACCAAAGGAGAGGAAAAUGAAAGGGAAGAUGGCAUAGAGAGUACAAUAAACAGCCAUGGGCGUCCCUUGCAAGCAGAUUUUGACAGAACUGGUACAGUCUUCGAUCUGUCCAGUCAACCUGCAAACUCAGGUGCACCAGAGUCAGAAAUAGAGACUGAUAUUAGCAAGUGGCUCAAUGGCCUGAAAGCAGAGAGAGAACCACCAUCUUAUUAUGAACAAACUGAGAGAGCUAGAGAGAAAUAUAGCAGAUCAUCCAAAGUUAGACAGAUGGAUUCUGAGACAUCCAGUUACAGAUUCUGCAGGUCCCAAAGAGAAGAGGUAGACAGCUGUUCUUCCUACGAGUCAAAAGGAGAUUCACUGAGAACCACGUCGAGAUUUUCCUCCGCUUCUGCGAAAGAGGACAAAAAGAUGUACAAGUUCACAAGGUCGAGGGUCAGUGAGACAAGUUCCAGAGAAAACAGCCCAGAGCUGCAUGUUUUCAGCCGAUCUCCUGAGCCACCCUUUGACUCUGAAUCCCCUGAACCGUCUACACAGAGCCGAGUCAGAUCCCAUCACGUGGAGGCGUGUGAGGAGGAGGCCAGGUCAGACGUGUCGGAAUUUGGAGCGAAGAGAAAGUUCACCCAGAGCUUUUCAAAGUCCGAAGAGGAUGGAAAGAAGGAGGCAAAAGUGGAGCAAAGCGAGGAAAGGUUUGCAUCUAGACAGCGCUCUCAGUACAGGCGAAGCACGCGUAAAGAGGAGGAAGAAGAGAUGGAUGAUGAUGCCAUUAUUGCUGCUUGGAGAAGCCGACUGGAAGAAACUACAGCAAAGCUCCAGCGGAGAAGGGAAGAGUGACCAAGAUCAGACUACAGGAGCACAAGCAGAGCCAGAGUCCCUGAAUCACUCACUCAUCAUUAUAUUUUUGAUAAUCCUUUGUGGUUUGUAGGGCAUUUCCUGCGGAUAGUUCUCUUCUUAAUCAAAAGCGAUGAAGGGAAGAGGUCAAGUUCUGCAAGUGUUUGUGGCUUGUCAGAAAGAAGAUGCUAGAAUUAAAUGAUCAAUGUAGGUAGGAACACAAUGUUAGAAGCCAUUAGGAGCCAGACAAUGUUUCAGCAGCAAAAGCAAGUAACGGUGGCACCUCAAGUCAAAAGACCAAUCACAUCCCAUUUUGGUUAUUUCAAUUUCCUAGUGUUGUUAAAAACUGGACAUAUUUUUUUCUUGGAUCUUUUUGAUCAUAAGUGGAAGAAGCCAACAGCCUUUUCUAGGAACUUGAAGAAUGUUUCUCUCUUAAUCAGCUUUACUUUAUGCCACUGAGAAGAUAUUACCAGUGCACCCUUCAUGCCAACAUGCCUGAAUGCUUUAUGGUCAUUAAAUUAAAUCAAAGAACACACCACAGAAUGGACAAGGCCAGAUCAAUAAAUCUUAAAACUGAUUCAAACUUACCAAGGACUCUGCACAAGUAACCAUGAAAGGAAGGAUGACUCCAGCCAAAAGGGUAUUUGUGUGGGCAUAAAACUGAACCAAGACAUAGGUGAUACUAAUUAGAAGACAGAAACAUUUAAAGGAGCUGGUCAUUUUUAUAGCAUCACCCAACUACCAACAGCAUCGACCUGCAGCCCAAUGUCUUAAGGGUAUUUUUGGGUUUCUGAGUGAUACAUGAAAAUAACCAUGGUGGCAAGAACUUUUUGCAGCUGGCUAGAAAGCUGUGCAGCUCCAGGUCACGUCCUGCCACGAACAUGCCUAAUUUUAGAGAUUUGCCUAUUUGUGACCUCCCCAUUUGAUUGUUGCAGGGCACCAUAUUAAAGAAGGAUGCAGUGCCCACCAGCUGGCAUGAACCAUUGUGUGACUGUUCCGUCUUCAUGGACCAUCCCAGCAAUGUGAUCUUUGCAAUGACUCCCUACUGAACUUGGAUCCAGUUGAAAGCCAUCCAUUAGUUUGGCAGAACAUUUCUCCCUCCUUGCUGGAGAGGAGAGCUUUACGAAACUGCAAAAGCCUUUAUGAAACUGCCAAUUAAUGGGGAGCUUUGUACAUUUGGCUCACAGAAAUAUCCCAGCAGCUGUCAUAGCCUAUGAAGGUUCAUUCCCAAAGCGCAUAAAAUGACCACAGGCCUAACUACAGUCAAAACUAAAUGCAAACCCCAGUUCUUCAACUUAAACUUCCCUCCCUCAAUAAUUUUGCGAGGCGUGUGCUCCUUAGUCCAUGAAUUGCAUCAAAAGUAUUGCCUAGAGGCAGAGGGUCAGAGGAGAUUCCACAUAUGAAAAACAGGAGGCCCUCAAAAGGGUGCAACCUCAGUUGCUGAACAGACACCACACAAAUAGGAUGGAUAAAAGCCCACAUGAGACUGGUAUAUGAGCAAGCAGAAGCUGACAGUUGCCCCUCAGGAAUACAGUAUAAAGCUUUCAGUUCUGCAGGAGACGUGAUCUGAAAGUUUGCUUCCUGGGAGCAAUCACACCUGAACUGUUGCAUGGUGCUGCGGUUGCAUAAUUUAAUAGUUGUCAUGUUUCAUCCCGAGGUGAGUGGUGGUGGUGGUGGUGGUAGUGUACA